UCAUGCAGUUAUGAAUGAUGUAAUUGUAUGAUUGCAGGUCCAGCACUUUCUCGUCUCGGGUGCCGGUCAAACAGGAACAAUGAGUGAGUUGGAGCAGUUGCGACAGGAAGCGGAACAGCUUCGCAACCAGAUCCGGGAUGCUAGAAAAGCCUGCAGUGACUCCACACUUUCGCAGAUGACAGCGAGCCUGGACUCAGUGGGGCGGAUACAGAUGAGAACGAGACGCACGCUCAGAGGUCAUCUUGCCAAAAUCUACGCCAUGCACUGGGGCAGCGACUCCAGGUUACUUGUCAGUGCCUCGCAAGAUGGCAAACUGAUCAUAUGGGAUGGUUAUACGACCAACAAGAUGCACGCUAUUCCCCUGCGCUCCUCCUGGGUCAUGACCUGUGCCUAUGCCCCGUCGGGGAACUACGUGGCCUGCGGAGGCCUAGACAACAUCUGCUCCACCUACAGCCUUAAAACCCGCGAGGGCAACGUCAGGGUCAACCGAGAACUGGCUGGACACACAGGCUAUCUGUCUUGCUGUCGUUUUAUUGAUGACAAUCAGAUCAUCACCAGCUCUGGUGACACCACAUGUGCAUUGUGGGACAUUGAGACGGGCCAGCAGACCACCAGUUUCACCGGACACACGGGGGAUGUCAUGAGUCUGUCGGUCAGUCCCGAUUUAAAGACUUUCGUGUCGGGAGCCUGCGAUGCUUCUGCUAAACUGUGGGACAUCAGAGACGGGAUGUGCAGGCAGUCCUUCACUGGCCACGUCUCGGAUAUAAAUGCCGUCUGCUUCUUUCCGAAUGGAAAUGCCUUCACCACGGGUUCAGACGACGCCACCUGCAGGCUGUUUGACCUGCGCGCGGAUCAGGAGCUCAUGAUGUAUUCUCACGACAACAUCAUCUGCGGCAUCACCUCCGUGGCCUUCUCCAAGAGUGGACGCCUCCUGCUGGCCGGAUACGACGACUUCAACUGCAACGUCUGGGACACUUUGAAAGGCGAACGUGCAGGCGUUUUCACUUAA